CAUUUUGAUUUUGUUUUAACCAUAGAACAUAGUAUUUUCUUUAAAUUUUCUUGAGUUGGGUUCAGAGGCAGAGAGCAGAAGUCGCCUUAGAGCAAAAACCAGAUGUCAGGAGUUAAGUGGAGUAAACUUAUUACAUAACAGCUACUUUCAUGGACCCAUGUAAGAGAAUUCUAAGUGUCCGUACAAAUGGAAGGUCAGAGAGACACUGACUCAAUUCUUGAUUCUCUUUUCACAAUUUUUAGUCAAAACAAAAAAAAUCUGAAAAAACCACUAAAAUACACCAAGAAAAUUUAAUGCUCUCAUUUUUCUGUUUCAAAAUCUCUUCUUUUUAGUUUCUUUUAUGUUUUUCAAUUGAUUUCUUGGUGUUUUUGGCCAUGGCGACGGACCAUCUUCAAGCUUCUGAUGAAAAUACUUCUACAUGGUAUGAUAUGAGUGUGUUCUUAUUCAUCUUCUCUUAUUUGGGGAGAAAGCAAAGGAUUUUUGUUUAUUAUCAGAGAGAAAUCAACUGGCUGAAGCUCCUUCAAAGCAUAGAAGAUUUAUCAAGAUGCUUUCUUUCUCCAAAUCCUCCAAUGACUUGAGACCUUCCGAGACGGUCAAGGAGAUACCGGACGGAUCGUCUCCAACCGGAGUCUUAGAUGCUUGCUUUCAUGAACUUGAAUCCAUCAAUGAUUCACCAGAGAUCAACAAUAAAGAAACAGAAGUUGAAGGGUCAAAUUGGAGCAGAUCCUUUAAAGUUUGGAAAAGAAAAUCAAUCAAACGCUUAACCUCUUUUCCUCCUCUUCCUGUGGCAAAUGUAGUAGCAACAAAAAGCAGAAGCACGACUGAUAAUCCGGAGCUCAGAGAUUUAUUUAAGUACAAGUCUACAUUGCAGAAUUUCUCACUUGCCGAGCUCGAAACCGCAUCCAACAACUUCAGCCCUGAGAACAUUAUUGGAAAAGGCGGUUUCGCUGAGGUUUACAAAGGCUGCCUGCAAAAUGGAAAGCUAGUAGCAAUCAAGAGGCUUAGUAAAGGAACUGCUGAUGAAAAGACAGCAAUAUUUCUAUCUGAGCUUGGCAUUAUGGCCCAUGUCGACCAUACUAAUACUGCUAAAUUGCUCGGGUCCGGCGUCGAUGGGGGGAUGCAUCUUGUUUUCGAGCUGUCUAGAUUGGGGAGUUUAGGAUCUGUUCUUCAUGGUUUGUUGCAUAUCUUUUUCAAGUUUGAGUUUUGGUUUGCUAUUUCUAUAUGUUGUUUGAUUGUAUUUUCAGGCUCUAAAGGAGUUGAACUUGAUUGGAGCAAAAGGUAUAAAAUCGCUCUCGGGAUAGCAGACGGAUUGCUGUAUCUUCACGAGACUUGUCGAAAACGAAUCAUCCAUAGAGAUAUCAAGGCUGAUAAUAUUCUUCUUACAGAAGAUUUUGUGCCACAGAUUUGUGAUUUUGGGCUUGCUAAGUGGCUACCGGGACAAUGGACUCACCGGAACAUAUCAAAAUUCGAAGGAACCUUCGGCUACUUUGCUCCUGAAUACUUCAUGCAUGGUGUAGUGGAUGAGAAGACUGAUAUUUAUGCACUUGGGGUUCUUCUUCUGGAGCUCAUAACAGGUCGUCCGGCUUUGGAUCAUUUACAGCAGAGCCAUGUAAUAUGGGCAAAGCCGUUGCUUGAUAACAAUGACAUUAAGAAACUCGUUGAUCCGUCCCUGGGCGAAAAUUACGACGUAGAAGAGAUGGAACGCGUGGUGUUGACUGCUUCUCUGAGCAUCGAGCAAUCUCCUCUUCUACGUCCUCGAAUGAAUCAGGUUGUGAUCCUGCUAAGAGGCGAUGAAUACGUGAGAGAGCGAGCAAAAGAAAAUCAAAGAAAAACUCUGCAAAGAACCUAUUCAGAAGAGCUUUUUGAUGCCCAAGAAUACAAUUCAACCAAGUAUUUGAAUGAUCUUAAACGACACAAAGAGGUUGCGUUGGGUUGUUGACCAUGAAACCAUGUAUUUUUGCCAUUUUUAGUUAGUUUUCCUUAGUUUUUUAGCAGUUUGAAGGAUGUUUGAAACUCCUAUGAAACAUGAUUUCAUUUUAAAGUAUAUGUUUUUCAUGGAAUUUGAAUAUGAAUUUCAAUUUCCUUGCAAAACAUGUUAAGAUUGAGAUUAUUUUCAUAGGUGAAACAAACAUUAUUUGUCAGACUUGAAUUGUUGUAUGGAACAUUUUACAUUUCAGUUUUUUAAUCAAAAGUUUCAGCAAAAAUUCUUCUUA